CUCCGGCUCCCAGGCACAUCUCUUGACCAACGAAGCGUGUAAGCGGCUCGGGCUGCCUACAAAAAGGAUGAGAUUUCCCAAGCUAUUCCAUCAAAUGAUAUCGAGCGAAGCAACUUAGAGUUACCAGAACACAUCCCAUUAGCAGAUCCAACGUUCCAUCGAUCAUCAAACAUCGACGGCCUCAUUGGAGCUCAGCUGUUUUGGAAUCUCCUUCGCGAAGGAAUGGUGGUCUUAGCAAACCAGACCCUGCAUUUAAGAAACACCGAAUUAGGUUGGAUCGUCACAGGGCAGACAGUCGUGGAGAAACAACCACAGGAAUCUUCCAAACGGUAUAAUACAGAACGGAAACAGAAAUUAGUAGAGAUUCUAAAAGGUGCACAAGAAGAACGAGAAUCAUUGCUACAGAAACAAGAGGAACUAACAUCUGAAGUGAAGAGCCUUCGAGUAGCUUCAGAGGUCAGGGCUGCGAAAACAGAGCGAUUAACAAAACGUGUACAACUUUUGGAAUCCUCGGUGGAGACGGCGAGUAUCGAACGGAAGCAAUUGGACAUGGAACUAGCAGAAGCCAGGCAAGAAGGUGCAAAACGGAAUAUAGAAAUCAGUAGGUUAGCCACGCUCUUGGAAAAUGCUCGAGCGAAAAUCGAGGAAUUAGAACAAUCGAGGCAAGAACAGGCUACCGAGUGGAAACAGUCUCAAACGGAUCUCCUGACGUCCGUUCGCGUGACGAACAAAUGUAAAACGGAGGCUCAGAGUAAGCUGGAGCAAGUUAUGAUGGAGAAUAAAGCACAGAGGGUCAAAUUGAGAGCAUUAGAAGCUCAGCUCGAUAAACUGAAUAAAGCUAACCAGAAAGUGAUGCAACAACCGCAACAAAGGCUAGCAAACAGACCGACGGAAACUCAACACUGUGUGUUGACAAGCGUUCAACAGGAAAUUGCUGCGCGUCGGAAAGCUAAUAUUUCUCAUCAGAAUUCAAGGCCAUCUGUGAAGUGUUUAAUAGAACGUAUUGAGAAUGCUACAAAACAAGCAAAGGCAGGCUCUGGAAGUCGUAGCAGUUAUACGUCGCCCCUUAAUUCCAUUGGAACAAAUGAUACAAUGACAUUAAAAGUCCCACUUCAGUGGCCUAUGGGUCGAAUGACAAGUUUACACCCAGGACCAGACGGAAUCACCCGACAGUCACUGGUGACAGUGAGAACGAGCAACGGAGAAUAUAAACGAGGGGUCAACAAAAUAGCAAUUACCCAUCGACGAUAAUAAACCAGAAGAGAAGCAAGAUAUCAACAUCGAAAUGAGAAGCAAAACGAAACAGACAGCCAUAGUCAACAAUAAACCAGUAGAAUAUAUAGGGUAGUUGAAGUUAAGAUAGUCGGUAUACAAUCUCACUCUUGUAAAUCUACAUUUUAUCUGAAUGCAUUAGGCCCUUCUUCACAAUACACAAUUUUUCCUUUUUCUUUCUUUUGAACGUGACCGUUCAAGGGGAAGGUAUGUUCGGGAUUUGCAGUGGCCGUCUGGUAAUUACCGGAACGCCUUAUAGGAACCUUGAACGUUAAGUCAUUCGAGGUACGCGAUAUCGACCGAUCAGUUUGAUCUGACCGGUUGCUAUUUAGUCGAUAAUUCGCAACAUACACAAACUUGUCAUUCUGCUAUAAUUUAACUAACACGUCCUACCCUUGAAUGAAGCAUAUUGAGUAAUUUAUCAUUUAUCUAUGUACGUAUUUAACAGUCGUAUAUUGCAAUGAUAUUGUUACAAAACUUAUACAUAGGUUACAUUACAACACAAUCUUUCAAGUAGCAUAGAUUGAAAUUGAAACCACUGAUUUAUUUUUGCAUGGCUUACACUUUUAUCUGCAUUUUGCUUUACAUACAUUUUGCGACUUAUGCAUAUUGUUACUAAAAUGCAAAUACAAGUUUAAAUAGAUUCUAGUAAAUAAUAGUACUAAUAAAAAUAACGAUAUUAAGUAUAAUCAUCGAGUUGAUUAUUACUCUAUCUUGUACGGUAAUAAUAAUUAAAGGAAUUGGUACUACGAUUUUUCUUAUACGUAUAAUUUCAUCUUAUCAAUAAUGUUCUCUAAUAUUCUUAAAAAAACAAACGUUUUUAAGUUCUUAGAAAAUAUUGUAAAUAUGCAACUAUUUUAAAAGUUAUGUAAGAUUAUCUUUAAACCAUGAAUAAUAUGCACCUGUUAUGAAAAUUAUUUAUAUACAUUAAAAGCAAUAUGUGUAAUUUAUAUAUGAACAUAACAAGUUUAAAUGUAGAAAAUAUUUUUCAUCAGAAAUACUAUCCCGAAAAGAUCGAAGCUUCAUUUUUGUUUUUCUAUUUUAACAAAGGAAUCAAAUAUAAUGUUCACUUCCUCUAAUUUCUUUUUUACUCUACCUAUUUUUUCAUAAACCUUAACAGAUUAAUUGAACGAAAUUUACAUAUAAAACUAUAUCAGUGAAAAUAAGCAUGAGAGGUUUCAAACUUAGUUGCGUAAUGUAUAAUAUAUGUACCAAACUGUGUAUAAAAUAACUCUUUGAAUGAAAAUAUCUCAAAUCUAUGUUAUACUUUUUAUACGUUGUCUACGGCGUCAUCUUGUAAAAUGUUCUUCAUUUUAAAACAAAUAAUCCUUUCCAGUAUAUUGUAAUUACACGUAUAGAUACGAAUACAGAUAUUAUACGUAUUAAUUUACUUUUUAAAUUUUCACUUUUAAUCCAUCCGAUAUUAGUCAUGCAUUAUGCAUCUUACACUUACAUUUAUAUAGCGAAGGCAUCAUUGAACGUUACAUGCUACUCGCCUAUUUCGAAGAUUUAAUGAUACGUUAAAAGACGAUAUUUUUUAAUGCUGCUCGUAACAUUGAACUUUAAAGAAGAAACUUUAAACAAUUAUUAAAACUUUGAUUAGGUACUAUUAUUAGAAAACUAUUAUUUUUAACUUGUCCUUUUUUUGAAAAUUUGCUGGAGAGGAUUAUGCGUUUUGUUCUUAAAAACUGAUUUGUAGAUAUACGUACAUAGACUUAAUUAUAAAUUUAUUUCAAUCGUUUAGUAAAAAAGUUCAUUAGUUGAAGGAAAUUAUAAUACGUAGCAGUUUGCGAAAUGAAAUGCACGAUAAUAAGUAUAGUAUAGUGAAGUUUCAUAUGAUUGAAACUAAAACUUAAAAACCUUCUGGAAUAUAAUAUAAAUGUUAUAUAGAAAACAAUAAUCUUUUAUUGUUUGACCAUUUAUCAUCUGUUAUCAGUAUAAUAAUCUUCCACUUUUCCAGUUCUGUACGAUAUCAUUUGCUUUUUCUGUAUCAAUCUUUUCGGACCCACUGAAAAAUGUAAAAGUAGGUUAAUUAUAUCCGUAGGAAAGAGCAUACCUCACCGAUUACAAUGAGCAUGAAAUACGUUGUCAAGGUCGCCACUCUGAAUAACUUUUUUUUAUUAACGUAACCGGCGCUCAGCUUUCGUUUCCAAGAUAUUUUAUCAUGACUAUAUUAUUUCAAUUUCCAAGAUAUUUAUAAAAAGGUUUGUUUAAAUUUAACUUUACGAUGGUCGUAUUUUUAUAUGUAGUUCAAUCUAAAGCUAAUUCAUGGUUGAUAAUCAUUUUUAAUAUAAAUAAGUAUAUAAAAUAGGUAAAUUUAAUUCCGACCAGACGAGCAUGUAGGAAUCGGAAUUUUCGAAAAUCUCGCAAACUAAGGCUAUGUAUGCAUAGCUUAAAUUUAAUCCAAUACUAACUCAAUUUUAAAAAUAGGAUAUUCAGCGUCGAAAAUAUUUUUGCCUGUAUCUUGGGAACAAAGGCCGAGCGGCGGUUACAUGUACAAUAUAAGAGAAAAUGUUCAGAAUAUUAACCUUGGCAACAUAUUUCGAGCUCAUUGAAAUCGGUGAGGUGUGUCCUUUUCUAUAUAAUUACCGAAUUGCUUAAUCAAAUAUCCUUUUAUCAUAAUGGUAUCAUAUAAGUGUGGUGAAUUUAUCGACGUUAAGUAUAAUAUACAUACAUGUACACGGCAACGAUACAUAUGAAUUAUAUAGGACCAUGUUUUGUGUAUGUACAUAUAGUUAUAAAAGCACAUAUAACAAUAUGUAACAUGUAAUGUACAUAACAUGAAAGCAAAUAUGACAUUGUUGACGGAAAUUUGAAACUGAAAAGAUGAUUAUAGUAUGAAUAUAAUAGAUUAUACAAUAAUAAUAUUAAAUGAGACCUCGUUUUAUAUAAAAUAUUAAUAAAUGGUCUCAUAGAGAAUGUAACAUAUUAAGAUUAAAAAAGAAUGUUUAGACACUUGUUAGAUAUUCAUCACAUGUAGUAUUACAAGUAAGUUAAUGUGUACUCGUUCAUUGCAUCUCUCACAACGAA